CUUGCGGCUCGAGACGCUGUGCCUCGCGCUGCUCUGGCCCGCCCAGGCGCCCGGCUUCCGCGGUACCGGCUUCCACAUACACACACUUGGUACGCACACAUGCUCGCCCGCCUUGCAACGGGACUGACCCUGCUGGGCGCUGCCCGCGUGCGUGGGGAGGGCGAGGCUCUGACGACCGAGCUCGCGGAGGAGGUGCUCGCCUGGGCGGAGGAGAUCCUGCCGAGCCCCUGGGAGGCCGUCUUCAACAGGCCGUCGAACAGGGACGUGGGCUCUGUCCAGGACCACCCGAUCGAGGAGAAGUACGAGCUCUACGUGGCUCCAGACUCUCUCGAGACUCAGCGCGAGCUGGACGGUUUCCCGCCCAAUGUAGCGAUGGGCAGGGUGCUGAUCAAGGAGAACAAGAAGCCGGCCAUGCCGCCCACGGAGUACCGCAUGACGGGCGUCGGAGGCGAGACGGUGAGGCACCUCAACGGCAUGGUGAACCCGUCCGGAGCUACGACUGUCUGGGGCUGGCAGAGGCUGAGGUUCUUGGCCGUGAAGACGUGGAUUGACUACCUCGCGACCCGCAACACCGAGAAGAUCGUCGUCCUUCAUGCCAGCGGCGAGACCCUGUAUGCCGGCUGCGACGAGAACACGAUCUCCUACAAGUACAACGAGAUCAUCACCGCCAGCGGUGGAACCCAGACCAUUGUCUUGGCUGCUGAGGUGAGCCCUUGGCCCGAGGAGAUUGCAUGGCGUUACGACCAGUACCCCGCCAUCACGGCGACCAUGUCCGGCUUCCUGUCGUCUUUUGCCGUCGACCCCACCUUUGCCACCACGUACGCCGACUGUACCAAUACGACGGUCGGGUACUGCACCACUCCGCCCAAGUACCAGUACGCGAGCUCGGCUUUCAUCAUGGGCCCCAUCGGGGAUAUCUCGGACAUGUUUGCCGACAUGUACUUCUGGUCCGACUCGGAGAACCGCCUGGUCAACGAGUACUUCCUCCACAACCCUGACAAGGUGGCUCUCGACUACGCUGGUGUCCUGGUGCUCUCCCUGAACAACAUGAAGCUGGACGGGAGCAUCCCCGUCACAGUAACAACCUCUUCGGGCACGAAGUCUUUCACGAACGCGAUCACUGGCCAGGCCGUGUGCUUCGUGCAUGGCAGCGGGAACUCGUUCGGCGCUCUCAGGGUGCUUGCACAGGAGCUGCUCGCGUGAGAGCGCGGCACACACUGCGGCGGCGGGAGUUCCGCCCUCCUGCGAUUCGGGCGGGUGGUAAUUAGGGGGCUCCAACGUGGGGGGUGAAGAAAAGGGCCCCAGAGGGGCACUUGAGGGCUCCGUUUGGAGCUGGCAGGGGACCAAAAAAGGGGCCCUAAAGUGCCCCUCUGGGGCCCCUUCCUUCGGCCUCUAUUUUCAGGUCCCCCUCCCCCAUUGCCACCCGUCUGGGCGAACCUGCGAAUCCCCCGCGCUCUUGCCUUGGAAAACUGGCCGCUCGAGCGCCGUGGGGUGGAGGGAUGCUCGCACCACCCUGCGCCCA